AUGUGCUAUCACAAACUGUACAUCUUCACGACGUGCGGGCAUUCGUGCAUGAGCAAGCAGCCUCUGAUCAUGUGCAGACAUGCAUCAAUCUCGCCAGUGUCGACAUAUUCGUCCGGAUGCGAGUUGAAAACACAUCCCUACCAGUGCAACAAGAUCGAAAGCCUCUGCUAUUCAUGUCAGCGUCGACGAAGCGAGCUUAUGGGGCAGCUCGAACAACAGCAGGUGGUGCGAUUCAACGAGUGGCAGUGGAAAGUCAGCUACAGCGCACCGCAAGCAAUGCUAGGAGAAAAAGACGCAAUCGACAGAAAGGUUGAAAAACACGCAGAAAAGAUGGCGAUCAAGAAGGAAAAGAGCAAGUCGGGAAGGUUGUCUCUGAGAAAGUCCAGCAAGAAGUAA